GCGCAUCACAGAGCAGUGUUUACUCCGGAAAGGAGCUGGAUUUUGCCCUCUUUGUCCACUCUGUGAGUGUUCUGGGGAAACUGAUCGUAUAUUCCAACGGAAGAAAGCUGUUUCCCAUCAGAAUCAGGAAGCACAAAGAGCCAGUCACUCUGACAGAUCUGCUAGUCAUCCUCAUAAACAUCAUGUAUCACCACCCCAAGCCUCUGCACAGCGAUGCCUCACACUCAGACUCGUUGUCACCCGGCGGUUUGGUGAUGGAGCUGCUGUGGAUGUUGUGUGAGCAGCCGGACUGCGCGGCUGAAUGCCUCCACCAGACCGCUGUCAUGGAGAAGCUGCUGGCUCCCGUGGUCGCUCUACAGAGCGGACAACAGAGCACGCUGAAAUCCCCGGCAGCCACACUGACUCUUAUUGCAGACAUUCUGGCUCGCAUUGCAAACACCGACCGAGGAUUAGCCCUCUUCCUAUAUGAGGAAAACAUUGCUGGGCCCCAGGGGGAGAGAGCCUGUGCUGCUCAUAUCAUCGCACAGUUCACCCUCAGGCUGCUGGGUAACGGACUGCCAUCGUUGAGCGGAUCAGCCGUGUCACAUUCGGUGUGUGGAGCUUUCAUCUUCGUGUGCUGGCAGAUGUACAACACCUGCGAGGGCCUGCAGGUCCUCGAGCCCUACGGCCUUCAUAAAGCCAUAGCGUCUGCAUGGAGAAAGACCAGCUCUUUACCAGAGAGGACAUCUGAAACCUCCUCGCAUGAGAUGACUGAUGAGCUCAUUUGGGAGGAAACUCUGUUGGACAGCCUGCUGAGCUUUGCAGCGACUCCUCGAGGUCUGCUGCUGCUCCAGCAGACCGGAGCCCUGACUCAGUGCGUCUCCUACAUGUUCUCUCGCUUCACCAAAAAACUGCAGGUGAGCCGCUGUGAGAAGUUUGGAUAUGGUGUGAUGGUGACACAGGUGGCAUCAACUGCUCCAGGCAUCGUAGCUCUACGGGAUUCAGGUUUUAUUCAGGAGCUGCUGGUGCAGCUGUGGUCUGCUCUAGAAUGUGGCAGUGAUGAUUUGCAGUUGGCUGUUCCCAAACCGACAUCUAUGGAUCCCAUUGACAGAAGCUGCCUCAAGCCCUUCUUGUCCUUGGUGAACCUCCUAUCAUCCUCUCAGUCGGUGUGGGAGCUCCUGUACCAACAGCCUUUACCCAACAAAAGUGAAUACUCCCUGAGAGAAAUGCCCUCCUCCAUACCAGACUUGAUUGACAGGCUGAUUGCUGUGAAUUCAGACGUGAAGAUCCAUUCCCUGUUCCACUAUGAGCAGUCUCACACUUUUGGUUUGCGACUGCUUAAUGUGCUUUGCUGCAGUCUGGACUCCUUCCUGCUGCUGGAGAACCAGUACAACAUCUGCUCCAUGCUGCUGCAGAGUCAGAGGGACAACAUCACCAACCCUGACAUUAAUGAAGGGGCGGUUAUUGUAGACGGUCUGUCUGUGGAGAGGAAUCAUGUCCUGGUCCGCGUUGGCGUCGUAGGAGGUCCAUCUGAAAGGAGACUCCCCCUUCGAUCCCUUCAGGAGGGAGAGCAGCCAUACCCCUGGCCCAUGGUCUUAUCCUACCCUGUGCCUAACUUCUACACCUUGGACCCGCCAGAGAUUCCCCACACCUCACAAAGCUGUGAGAUAAGUGCUUUUCUGACUUCCUCCAAAGACUCAGAGAGUGAAGAGAGUUGGUUGAAAAAGUGCCAGAAACUGUUCUGCAAAGCUAUGAUGUCCGAGUCCCACAACCUCACUGGGAACGUGCUGGCUGACCUUCUGGAGAGUGUCGUCGUCCAUCUAUCCAACUCUGCCACAGAAUGCUUCUUCUCCUCAGAUCAGUACAAAGCUGCGGUCAAAGAUGUGAAGAAUGUGGAGUUGUCCCGUGUGGAACAGCUGGGAGUCGACAUCUGUCUCAGGUAUGGCAGCUACCUUAAAUUGCUUGGAGGAGAAGCCAGACAUCAUCUGAUUCUGCUACUGAAGCAAAUCAAGAGCUUCCUGUCCAAACAACAGAGGAACCUGUCUUCAGGACUUCUUACUCAGCAGGAGAGUUAUCCAGGUUACGACUGGCUGGCGUCCUCAGUCUUUCUCAUUAUGGGUGGAGAUUUGGACCGCUCUUUGGGUUUGUUGCUCCGCCUCUCCUCCCUGCUCGUGUCUGCAUUCAUCUGGCCUGCAAGGAUACAUGCUUGUGACCAUUUAACUCAAGAGGUGGCCGGAUCAGGAAUCCCUCCAGUCUACUGGUGUACAGCCCACUAUGUGGAGAUGCUGCUGAAAGCUGAGCUACCUCUGGUCCAUUCUGCCUUCAGGAUGUCUGGAUUUACACCUUCACAGAUUUGCCUCCACUGGCUGACUCAGUGCUUCUGGAACUACCUGGACUGGCGUGAAAUCUGCCUCUACCUCUGUACCUGUGUGCUCUUCAGCCCCGACUACCAGGUGUACCUGUGCGUGGCGAUACUCCGACAUCUGCAGCCGGACAUCCUGCAGCGCACGCAGUCCCAGGAGCUACAGAUCUUCCUGAAGGAGGAGCCGAUUCAAGGUUUCAAGAUCGGCGACCACCUGGAGUUUAUGCUGGGUCUGGAACGCAGCUACAGAAGUGAUGUUCUGACUGCCAUGAAAGCUUUUUUAAAACCCUGAGGAGCAAAACAAAUGUUUUUAAAGAAAUUUGAAGGAUUUCACUAUUUUUGUAUAUAGUAUUAAUGGUGUAUCACUCUUUACUGCCAUAAAGGGAACAUGAACUUUC